AUGGGCGCUUCAGCCAGGGAUACCGCCGGCACUGCAUGCAUCACAGCAUUGUCCGGCCAACCCCGUCCCAAGAAGGCAUGGAUUGACGCUUGGGCUGAAGGUCGAAGCAUCGGCGGCUCUCGGCACUUCUCGGCAUCUCCACUGCUGAUGCCGUGUCUCGCUCUCUUCCCCCAUCUGCCCCAUCCGGCUUAUCCACGCUGUUUCACUCUGUCGCAACAUGCUUGA